UUUUUGGUGAGAGUGAAUAUGGUGAUGACACAUAAGAAAAUCACUUCUCAAAUAAUGUCAAGGUUAUACUUAAUAUAUUUAUACUAGUUAUACUCGUUUUAGUUGUACUAGUUGUACUAAUUCGAGUUGUACUAGAUGGAGUUGUACUAGUAAUACUCUGCGUUAUUCUUUAUCUUGAAUCUCGUAUGUAAAAGAUGAAAUUUGAUUCUAGAUAAUAUAUAAUUGACUAAAUCUUUCUAUGGGUUGAUCGAUUUGAGAUAAAAAAAAGAGAAAAUUAACGGAUGGUUGAAUAAAUUUUUUGAUUUUGUUUUACGGUGAAAGAACUAAUAAUAGAGAAGAAAAGGGGAAGAAGAAGAAAAUUUAGGUUAAAGUUGGGUUGAAUUUCGGAUCUGAAACCGGUAGGAUAGUAAUUGCAUAGAUUAGUAAAUAUGUUUAAGUCCUUAGGGUUUUUUAGGUAUUUUAGUUAGAUAUCUAUUUAAAUUUAAAUGUAAAAAAAGAAAAGAAAAAGCGAUGCGUUUUAGGACUUUAACUCGAUAUACCCCUCUCACUUUUGAAAAAUUCUUCUUUCUCCCCGUAAUAUAAUAUAUUUUCUUUUUGAUUUUUCUUUAAAUGAGAAAUGCGGUCAAAGACAAUAUAACCCUUCAUAAAAUAGCUUAAUUACAAAGAUCCAACCUUAAAGAUCCGACCGACCCAAACUCUAUCCGGUUCAACCCGUAUCUUUACCUAAACAACAGCGUUUUGUCCCAAUAUCUCUCACAUCCAAGUCUCGGAUCAAACGCACCAGCUCAAGAAGAGCUUCCACGAUGACGGCUCGAUGCAACGUAGCUACAAAAUCAGCUGAUUAGGUGAACGCAGAGUCUGAUCUUUCGGAAGAGGAGAUCGAAGCGAAGGCAAAGGUAGGAUCUUUGAUCAGAGUGACUGCGCCUUUGAAGGGUUAUCAUGUAAACCCCAUCCCGGAGGUUGAUUUGUAAGUUGUAAGUUGUAAGCGACCACUGUGGAGAUAAGGUGGGGACACGUCCUGGGUAGGACCGGACGGGAUGGUGUACCAUUGCCACGAUGGACUCACACCGCACUCACACGAACCCAUCUACUCUCCUGGUUACUUCAGCUGCCGAGCUCCUUCCCUCAACGACCGUAACUUCUCUGAGAGAGCUUUAACCGUCGGUAUCGGCGUUCCUGUCGGCACAGGAAACUUUGAGUUUGGUGUCGGGUUGCAAAUGGGCAGUGGGAACUGGGGAAGAUACAGUCUACUUCCGCUGAAACGUCGCUUGUUAUGUUGUCUACUUCAAAUGCUGUGAAAGUGUUUACUGAAGAGCUUGUUCCAGCAAACCCAUAUAUUUUGGAAGGUGUUACAGACCUUAUACAGCUUAGCUAUUUAAAUUAACCGUCUGUUAUUUAUAACCUUCGUGUCAGAUACUUGGAAGACUGAUAAAGGACCUCAGAAGAAAAGACAGCUUCUUCUCAGGGAGAAGGACAUCAGCCAUUGGGAAAUGUUGUGACCACAGACCUGCUGAGGUUGAUCAAAAAAAAAAAAAGACCUGCUGAGAAUCUCGUCUUGUAGAAAGGUGGAUCCUUGUACUGGACCAGAGAAGUUGAUAAGGUCUUGUUCGGCUCUUGAGAGUUUGCAACUCAAAAACUGUUGUUUGAAUGAUGAAGAAGGGAUGGGAGCUUCUUGGGGCAUUAUAUUUUAUCUUCGAUGGAUCCUUGUCCUGGACCAGAGAAGCGUUGGAAGCUUCUUGAUGUUUUAUAUCAAUUAGGUACACUGAUGUUUUGUAUAAAAUGAUAUUAUUGAGAAAAAAUAUUAUUGAUUUUAUUUUUGUUGUGAUGUUUGGAAAACCAAAGUAACAUACUUAUAUUUAUUCGUGGA